AUGAACCGAUUUUUUUCGGCCAGCAUGUCAGCAGUCACGUCUUCCAGCGGUAGCUCAAGUGGCCCUCCCGGAGGCCCCAGCGGCAGUCAUCCCCCGCCGUCUGUGUCCAAAUUGGUGACGUCGGAUGGAUCAGCAGCGGCUGUAUCGCCCCACGCGUCACCACGUCCCAUGAUGCCUCAUCACCUGCCUGGCGUCCUAUCGCCGUACCGCGAAUCGCCAUCGCGUUUCCCAGCUGUCGGCAGUCCUCGCACGAGCAGUCCCCGUAUCUCGGCGCUGACGCGUGAGGCAUCGUUCGGAUCCUCCGUGUAUCCCACCUCUUCUUCGCGGCCUGCAUCACCGUCCACAGUGCAAGAGCGCUCGUACUCGCCAUCGCCUAGUUCAGGGGCGCAGUCGGCGGCUGCGCGCAUGUCCACGCGGCCGUUGCCACCUAGGCGCCUAUCGGAUACAUCGCGGCUAGUGAAUCAUGCGCCUGCAUCGGAUGCAGGCACGUUAGAUGACGCGUCCUUAUCGCGCUCUCAUUCGCCCAGUGUCGGGCCACCGCCCCCGCUCAGCACACGAGCCUCCUUUGAUUAUUAUGCGACGAACUCGCCAUCGCGAUACAAUGACAUGUACGUGCCGAGUCCCAAGCGUGAUGUAUUUCGCUUUCAUGCGCUGCCGUCUGCAGGCUGGCGCAUGCCGGGGCGUGGGAAUGGCGACGCGUCGCCCUGGUUCGAUAACCGGAACUCGCCUUUCGCCUCGAGUUCGAUGCGCACGGGACCAGGGGAAGACGAGGAGCGUGAUGCGCCGCCGCCGCCGCCUGCGCCGUCGGAAGAUGAUCCGCGAGUGUCUUAUGCGCCACGUCCUCCGCCGCUACGACCUGAGGCGGCGUAUGCUUCGCCCGUGUACCGCGCGGCUGCCUUGCCCGGCUCGUCGUCGCCCUACGCGGUUCAGCCACCGCCUGCGUAUGCCCGCAGCAUGUACCGUGCGGCGGAGUAUGAUACGUACGAGUCGGAUGCGUAUGGCGUGCGUAAGCACAAGUAUGAGGGCGACACGUACCCCGAAAGUGGGCCGCCCAUGCCGUACGGAGCGGACCCGUACUACGCAUAUGCCCGCAUGCCGUACAAGUACUCAUCCGCGGCGACAUCGAUGCCGCACUCGGACGCCUCCUCAGGGGACGAUCGAUCGAGUGACGAGAAAAUGAGUGUGUCGGCGCCGCAGCUGCCAUCUGGGCCGAUAGCGACGGCCGGCGCUGUGCCAACGCCGCCGCCGCCGCAUGUGGGCUCUGCCAAGACGCCUGAGAGUGAUUCAGGCGGGCCGAAGCUGCACGUGUGUGAUGCGUGCAGCAAAACGUUCAGCCGGCGCUCAGACCUUGCGCGACACCGCCGGAUUCACACGGGCGAGCGGCCGUAUCCGUGUGAGUUUCCAGGCUGCGGUAAAAGCUUUAUCCAGCGCUCGGCCUUGACGGUCCACUCACGCGUGCACAGUGGUGAGCGGCCGCACCAAUGUGAGUUUGAGGGUUGCGGUAAGAGCUUUUCGGACAGCAGCUCUCUGGCCCGUCAUCGACGCACGCACACGGGGCGACGGCCCUACGUCUGCACGGUUCCAUCGUGUGGCAAGAUGUUUACGCGGCGCACGACGCUCAACCGGCACGUACGAAGUCAUCAGGCGCCCCUGAAAAAGGGCCUCGUCGCGCCCCCGUACGACGACAGGCCGGACAGUGACGAGGAAGAUGACGACGACGACGAUAGUAGCGACAUGGUGCGCUAA